AAUAAUAAUAAUAAAAUUUGAAAAUAAUAACAAUUAAAUUUUACUUGAAUGAAGAUGAAAAAGUUUGUUACAAUAUGCUUUUAUCAAGGAUAUUUUAGUGAAAUGUUAAAUAAAAUAAAUAUUUAAAAAUAACAUCUAUCAUAAAUGAAAAUUAUACACAAUAAAUAAAUGGAAAUAGAAUAUGCUUCGAAGAUACUUGCGAAUUUAAAAAAGAGUCCAAACAGAACUUAUACAGACGAAUACAUAGACAAGACUUUAAAGGACUUAUUAAAUGUACGACAGAAAAUAGUAAAAAAAGAAGAGGAGUAUGAAUUUGAUUUGCUUUUAGGAAGAAUAAAAUUACUUUUAAAACACAAAGUUGACGAAGUUAAAACAAAAAUGUCAAAAUUUGAUUUAGUAACUGCUUCCAAGCUAAUUCCGGAAUUUCAAGGGGAUUAUCUUGAAGUAAACAAUUACCUUGGUUUAAUUGAAUUCUAUCACGACACCUUAGAGAAUGAGCAGCAGAAACAAUUGUUAAUUAAAUUCGUUUUAGCUACAAAGCUAUCAGAAAAAGUAAAAAAUAAAAUUCUGACAGAAGCCAAGCCUACUACAUUUGAAGACUUUAAAAAACUACUCAAACAAACAUAUAAAUCAUAUAAAACAACCUCAAAUAUUCACAGUGAAUUAUCACAAACAAAUCAAAGAGGUUUGAAUGUGAAUACUUUUGGGUCUAAAAUAGAGAACUUGUUAGCAUCAUUAAAUGAAUUGCAGAUAAAAAAUGCAAAACUACAAAAAAAUAAAUUAUGAUUGGUCACAAUAUGAAAAUGUUGGAAAAGUAACUGAAAAGUGGGAGUGUCUUAGAUUUAAGGAGAAAUGUAAAAUUUAU